GUAGCCAGCCCGCCUGGAGGACGGCAGGACGCCGGGCGCCGCAUGGCCUCGCUGGUGGCUUACGACGAUUCCGACUCCGAGGCCGAGGAGGCCGGCCGAGGUGGGAGCGCUGCCGGGCGGGCGGCGGGUGCUUCCGGGCUGGCCGGGCCGGGGGUCCCCGACGCCUCUCCCAAGGGGGCGCAGGGCGCGGGGGCCGGGCAGUGCCGCCUCCCGCGGGCUCGGCUGUGGGCCCGGGAGCCCGGCUGCGGCCCCAGCGCGCGGCUGCGGUGGCCCGGGGAGGAGCCGGCCGGGCCCGCGCCCCCGUGGGCCCGCUGCGCCCCAGCCGUCCCGGCAGCCGCGCGCCGGAAGCAGCCCCGACCCCUCGGGCUCCCCAUGCCGCCCCCGGGGACCCAGGCCCGGGCCGCAGCUGCCUGCGGAAGCCGAGGCCCUCAGAGUCCGGGCGCCGAGGGCCGCCUGGUCCCCUACAUCCCGAAGAGGCUGAGGCAGCAGCCGGCCGACCCCGAGCCCGCGGGGGCCUCCGCUCCCAGCGCCCCGGCCCCGCUCUGCCUGGCCCCCGGCGUGUCCGAGGCCAUCCGGCCGCACCUGAGCAGCCCGCGCCGAGAGACCCGCGUGCCCAGGACCGUGCGCAGCCACCUGUGGGGCCACAAGGGCCCUGUCCACGGGAUCCAGUGGUGCCCGGUGCUGGCCAGCAGCCAGCUGCUCCUGUCUGCGUCCACGGACAAGACCUUCAAGGUGUGGGACGCCGUGGACUCCGGGCGCUGCCUGCAGACCUACUCCCUGCACAGUGAGGCAGUGCGAGCUGCCCAGUGGUCUCCCUGCGGCCGGCGCAUCCUCAGUGGUGGCUUUGAUUUUGCCUUGCAUCUGACAGACCUCGAAACAGGAACCCAGCUGUUCAGCGGUCGAAGUGACUUCAGAAUCACUACCUUGAAAUUUUACCCGAAAGACCACAACAUUUUCUUAUGUGGAGGUUUCAGCUCUGAAAUCAAGGCUUGGGACGUAAGGACUGGCAAGGUGGUGAGAGGCUACAAGGCGACCAUCCAGCAGACCCUGGACAUCCUCUUCCUGCAGGAGGGCUCCGAGUUCCUGAGCAGCACGGACGCUUCCACCCGGGACUCUGCGGACCGCACCAUUAUUGCCUGGGACUUCCGGACCUCUGCCAAAAUCUCCAACCAGAUUUUCCAUGAGAGGUACACCUGCCCCAGCCUUGCCCUGCACCCGCGGGAGCCCGUGUUCCUGGCGCAGACCAACGGCAACUACCUGGCCCUCUUCUCUGCUGUGUGGCCCUACCGGAUGAGCAGACGGCGGCGCUACGAAGGGCACAAGGUGGAAGGCUACGCCGUGGGUUGUGAGUGCUCCCCCUGUGGUGACCUGCUGGUGACAGGCAGUGCUGAUGGCCGGGUCCUGAUGUUCAGUUUCCGCACUGCCAGCCGGGCGUGCACGCUGCAGGGACACACACAGGCCUGCGUGGGCACCACCUACCACCCCGUGCUGCCCUCUGUCCUUGGCACCUGCUCCUGGGGAGGUGACAUCAAGAUCUGGCACUGAGGCCGGCCUGGCCUGGCUGGGAGGGAGUGCAAGCCAGCACCGAAGAGAACUUUGGGUCAGACCUUGGCAUAGGCUGCCUCAGUUUCCUCCUCUGUAACCGGGACAGGAACCUGUUUGUCUCAGGGUUGUGAGGGCUGCGUGAAUGAAAGCACCUGCCGGGAGGCUGUGCGGCCCAGUGGAUA